AUGUGGUCGACAAUAUUUUCUUCAGUGAGUCGGACGAUUCGCACCAUUUCCCAGCGACUACCCGGCUCCAACUUACAGACUUUCUCCCGGUCAUCUCUACCCUCGACAUCUUACAAUCAAGCAGCUUCAAUCUCGACGAGCGAGAAUGUGUGCGCGAGGAAUUCAAUACUACAGCACAUGCACUAUCAGGGGAUGCCAAAAAGACGUUCGAGAAGUUGCGAUAAAUCGCCGAUCUCCGGUUACAACGCCAUCAAGGGAAUUGUAUUGAAAACGGUGAUCCGACAUCCGAAGAAGCCGAAUUCGGGCAAUCGCAAGUGUGCGAUUGUGAAGCUCUCUAAUGGGAAUGAGAUAUGUGCCUACAUCCCGGGCGUCGGUCACAAUCUGCAAGAACACUCUCAGGUAAUGGUGAAGGGUGGUCGUCGUCGUGAUCUUAUUGCCGUUCGCGCCAACAUUAUUCGCGGAAAGCUCGAUUGUGCGCCCGUUGGUGGAAAGAAA